GCGAAUCUGACAGAAAGGAGGUGAAAACUUUGUCCAUGAUGGGAUGCUGCAGUGUGACUCAGAGGCACACUGGCGUGGACGAGGUGGGUCCUGAUGAGAUUGAGCUCCUGGAACUCUCUGGAGACCAUCUAGGGGUGUGGAGUUUGGGAGAGACCAGACUUCAGCUGUCAGUGAGGAGCAGCAAAGACGACAAGCAGCCGCCAUCACGUUAUACUUCCGCGCCACAACUGGAGCGACGUCCCACUCAUAAUGGGGUGCUGUGGGGUAAGAGCAGAGGGGAGCUCCACCAGAGGAUCUACUCCCAGCAGCCAAUCAGAGGCUGGGAGGGUCGACCUGCUCACAUGUAUGGAGAGAUCGUUCACUCAUCCUUCAUGGCUCUACACAGCAAAUAUCCUCAGGAGAACCGGGAACAUUUCCUGGUUUUAUUUUCUUUCCACCUGCUGCUCCUCUCCCUGGAUCACACACACCAAGACUUCACUUAUGAGGGCAUGCUUCCACUUUCCGGUCUUUCCUUUCAGGUCAUCUCCAUGGAGAGUGACAGUUCACAGUCACCACCCAUGUUUGAGAUUAGUAGUUCAAUGAUGGACCCGAAGAUCUUCAUUUGCCCCAAUGCUGCAGAGUUGCAGACAUGGAUGAAACACAUAGAAGACAGGAGAUACAAGUCUAUAACUCAACCAACAAGCCCUUCGCAUUGUGCUCUCUCAUAUCUUCUACCUUGUGAUGAACACUGGAAAAGAGAGGAGUUGAAGAAAUACUUGCUGCAUGCUCCUAUAUGGGAAUGGGAGGGUUUGCCUAUACAGCACAUGGGCCCACCGGAAUAUAUCUCAGUGGUCCAUAUUAUCAACACACACAGACAGGGUCUCCAAGAAAGACUCAUGAUCCUCUUCCCUCAAGACAUCCUGCUGCUGUCAGUGGAUAACAAGCAACUCAAUAUCACCUACCAGGGAAGGCUUCCCCGUCGAGUUGUCAAAGCGACAGAGCGAUCAUCUCUGCCCGGCCGAUUUGAGUUUGAGCUGAGAGGAGAGCUGGUGGAGCCUCUGCAGGUCUCGUGUACCUGCCUGGAAGAUUAUCAGAAAUGGAUCUUUCACUUAAUGCAGCCAGAGAGAAACGUCCACACAGCUGUGAGUCGCACAGCACCAUCAAUCAUGCCGAAGCUGCACAGGGGCCGCAAGGAGGCCAUCACGACUGACCAAUCUCGUAUCAAUGGACACAGCUGAAUGCAGAAGAGUUUGACUGUGUCACUUUGACUGUGUCUAGAAUCAAAUGAAACGCCUAUGUACUGCA